GUGGUGGGAUGAGAGAGAGACAGCAGCGGGGACUGAGUGGAGGAGGAGGUGGAGUCUGUCCCAGCCUGCAUCUGGCCCGCUCCCCUCUCUGUCACCCCGGGCCAAACCCGCCCAGCUCCUCUCACUCGCUCUCCGCCUGCUUUCCCGCACGGCUCGGCCCGGACGCACGCAGCUCUUAGCAGCCACACGCACCGCCAGCUCACGGAAUGGACACGGAAGGGAGCCAGAGCAGCCUGUCCACCACGGACUCCCCUCACGACCCCUGCAAAAUGUUCAUAGGUGGACUCAGCUGGCAAACAACACAAGAGGGUCUGAAGGAGUACUUCUGCAAGUACGGCGAGGUGAAGGAGUGUAUGGUGAUGCGAGAUCCGGUUACUAAGCGCUCGAGAGGGUUCGGAUUCGUCACCUUUGUUGAUCAGGCCGGCGUGGAUAAAGUUUUGGCCCAAACCAGGCACGAGUUGGACUCCAAAACAAUCGAUCCAAAGGUGGCGUUCCCUCGCAGAGCUCAGCCCAAGCUGGUGACUCGAACCAAGAAGAUCUUUGUUGGAGGCCUGUCAGUGAACACAACUAUCGAGGACGUCAAGCAGUACUUUGACCAGUUUGGGAAGGUCGACGACGCCAUGCUCAUGUUCGACAAGACCACCAACAGACACAGAGGGUUCGGCUUUGUAACGUUCGAGAACGAGGAUGUGGUGGAGAAAGUCUGCGAGAUCCACUUCCAUGAGAUCAAUAACAAAAUGGUGGAGUGUAAGAAAGCUCAGCCCAAGGAGGUGAUGUCCCCCACCGGCUCGGCCAGGGGGCGCUCUCGGGUGAUGCCCUACGGGAUGGACGCCUUCAUGCUGGGCAUUGGUAUGCUGGGUUAUCCAGGCUUCCAGACUGCCACCUACACCAGUCGCAGCUACGCCGGCAUCACUCCGGGAUACACCUACCAGUUCCCUGAGUUCCACUUAGAGAGGACUCCCCUUCUGACUUCACCCCACCCCCCUGAGCUCACAGCCAUUCCUCUCACAGCGUACGGACCAAUGGCAGCAGCAGCGGCGGCGGCAGCAGUAGUCAGAGGCUCCACCCCGUCUCGCUCAGCUGGAUUUUUAGGUACAAGCAGUCCAGGUCCGAUGGCGGAGCUUUAUGGAACAGCCAGUCAGGAGUCGGCUGUCAGCAGUUACCUCAGUGCUGCCAGUCCUGCCCCGAGCACUGGAUUCAGCCACAGUCUGGGGGGCCCUUUGAUUGCCACGGCCUUCACUAACGGCUAUCACUGAGAGUUGCAGAGCUGUAGACUGAGAGCUGGAAGGAGUUGAAGCUGCUUCGGAGCUGAUCUGGCCUGUCUCUGUCCGGUCCACGUCUCCGGCUGGGGUGGCUGAACCUCCCACCCCCCAACACCCACCCUGGUGUCAGCCACAUCCAGUCGGCCCUACUGACACCACACUAAACUCCACCUCGCUGGAAAGAAAAAAAGUUGAAAAAAAAAAAAAACGCCACAAAAGGAGCGACAAAGUUUAUCACUACAUGUAAUAGCAACACGUUCAGAUGCUGUAUUUUUUUGUGUGUUUUAUUUUCUGUCAUGUUUCACCUCGCUGUUAUUUUUGUGAUGGCUGCGUUAUUUCAUUAUCUGUUUUGGCUGUUUUACUGGGUCAUUCGACGUCUGCAACCUGAUCUCUCUGAGAAGAGAGGAGUUCAAUCUCCAGGUGACGCCUGUUUGAAGGUCAGGAGUUGUAAUAUGUACUGGAAAGCUGUAUAUUUGUCAGUAGUUCAUACUAAAUUUUAACAUUUGGGAUUAAUACUAUUUCUUGAAAAUGUGUCACAAAGUGUAUAUCUUGGUAGGUUUUUAACAUUGACUUGUUACACUAAUAAUGGUCAGACCACAGCGGUCAUUAGUCAGUUAUGUAAUAGGCCUUCAUGAGGUGUACAGUUUUGUAAGAUAUUGUAAAUAUGACUGGUUUCUGGGUGGGAGGGUUCUGCUAAUUUUUGUGUCUGGGAGGUGGGAGGCUUUUGGACAAAUUGCUUCUUUCAUCAAACCUUAAGUGUUGGAAAGUUUGAUUGUUACGUAUGAUAGUGUCACAUGGAGGUCAAGAACUUUUCGGCUUGUCUGUCUAUGUUAGACCGGCCAUAUACUGUAUUUCUCUCCAGGCGUUUAUAAAUAAUGAUGUGUCAAGUGAGUGUUUUAUCGAAUUCAGAAGCUGCCUCAGGGUUGAAACCCUCUGAGUUGAGCAGGAGAGAGGCUGGAUCAACACUACUUACUACUUUUGGGAGGAUAAGGGUGUGAAAACACUCCUCUGUCAGGAGAGAAAAAAAAACAUGCUAUUUUCUUACUUUAUCAUAUUGUUGUUUUAACUGUGAUUUUCAAUAAGUGAUGAUUGUUUGUGAAGGAAAAUGAAGGAGGAGUUUGUAGGAGCAGUUGCACGCGUUAGUGACAACUGAGUCCCUCUGCAGGUUGUGUUGAUGUUUGCGUGAGCUUGUCGUAUGGUUUUACACACAUUGGUUUCCAAUGUGCCAUGUGCUGUUUUUGGGGGGACGGUACCUCAGUUGCAAAUGUGAAAUUUUAAUCUGACUUUUAUAUUAUUACAUUAACAUUUAUGUCAAAGUGCGGAUGGUUGGACCUUUUUAGAAGAAGGUGGCUUUUCCAACGGGAAAGUCGGGGUCGUAUUAACUCUUGUUUACCUGUCACUCCCCCCACCCCCCUCCAUCCAUCACUGCAUAUCCACUGGAGGUCACAGACUGUACUAAUGUGACGGCUAUUUUUUAGACCAAAACGAUUAUUUUCUGAGCUACUAGGAUGUUGCACUGGCCGAUCAUGAUGAACGUGUUUUCCUUCGAAUGUUUAAGAACAAAGCACUCUCGAUCGACAAAAUACCAGGUCUUACAUUUAGGAACACUUGCUGUCGCUGCUGCGGGCGACCGCAGUAUUUCAGACUUUGAAGUUGAUUUCACUGAAAAAUAACAAUCUUGUCAACACUGUAACAUUUUUCUGAUUUUCUUUUUUUUUCCUGUCAUGUUUAUUCCUUUGGGGGAAAAAAAACUUUUUAAAAUUCCUAAUAAAUUAUUUUAAAACAUUCCA